UUGUUGUGUUGAACUCUCACCGACACUGGGGCACUCAGCAGGAGGAUUUAGCUGACCUCUGACUCACCCAUUGGGAUUGUGACAAAUUCAGGAUUAAUCAAAAACUCGAAUAACAGCGAUAUGGAGAAGGCCAAAGUAGAAUUUUUAGAUGAAUUCUAUAAUUUGGAAGGCAUUCAUUGUAAAGAGAGAAAAGGCAACUUCUUCAAGUUGCUACACUACACUAAUCCAGAGGUUCUAGCAGAAGUGGACAUAAAACCAAGAAAUUAUCUUGAGAAUAUUUUUUAUGUUGAUUUAGUGAUUCGUACCAAGAAAGUUGAUAAGCUGAUAGAAAUUUUAAAAGAAGGUAAUGGAUUAUUAACUAGCAAAAUCAUAAAACAAAAAUGGUUUUUCGAAGAAGCAUUCAAAGAUAUGAGCGAGGAAAAUAUAGUGAAUGAAUUUCUACCUUGUCUGUCUUUUUCAUUGAGAAUGAAAAUUUUGAAAAAGAUGAGUUUGGCUUUUAGUGAGGAGAGGAAUGACAAAAUGUUUGAUCAUAUCUUUGAAAGGUAUGGUAUAUUCCUAGCACAACAGUUUUUGUUUGGUUGUACUUCAGUAAAAAUAUCUGAAAUUUUUCAAACCCACAAAAUCACUUUAAGUAUAGAACAGCUUAAACGAAUACUGGCAAAGGACAGUAACUUAGUUAAAACCUAUUUUGAUGAAUACAAGAAAAACCAUGGAAGAAUGUUUGGUUCCACUGCUGAUAAUACUGAUAAUGGAGAUUUUUUAUCUUAUCUAGUUUGGAAAUAUCCUCACUUGUACUCUGAGUUUAUGACUUAUUUGGAUUGUCCUCUAAACGCUGGUAGACUAACAACUAAAGCAUUAUUAAAAACUAAUGAAAAAGACAUUUUGGAAAAUACUGAGCAACUACCUAAACGGUUCCAUAUUGGUGUUGUUACAAGAAAUGUGAAAGAUUUUCACAAAGAGUAUCUACAUAAGUAUUUUCCCAAAAAGAUUGAUGAGAUAAAUGAUUGGAACUUGAAAACAAAAAUUGAAAAGUUCCUCAACAAAUACCCUAAAAAAAUUCGUUGGAAUGUAUUUUCUGAAGCUUUUCAAAGAGCCUAUGAUACUGAUGUUCUAGAUCAUCUUGAAAUAUUGAAUGAACAUUUUAUGUUAUCAGCACCGAUUAAUGUUCGAGCAAAAUGGGCAGUUAUCAAAUAUAAAAAAAGUGAUGAUACAAAGUUUUUAAAGUUUUUUGAUAAGCCAAAAGAAGCUAUUGCUUUAUUGAAAGAUAAAAUCAAUGUUACAAGUGAUAGAAAAAAAAGAUGUGCUUUUGUUCAAGACAUGAUGAAAGUUUGUUCGUUUAAUAAAGAUUAUGAAACUUACGAAGAAGUACUAAAAUAUGUCUUGUCCCGGCAUAAAAAUGAGGACACAUAUACUUGUCAAGAAUUUUUCUCAACCAUCGUAGAGGAUAUUGACUAUGAAUUAUCAACGGAGGGUUUUUGUAAAUGUCUCAAUGAUUUUGUAGAACUGAGCAGAGCAAAGGGAGAUCAUUUACCAUAUAGAAAUAUGUCGCAGUAUAUAACAUUCCUUAUCAAAAAGAAUUUGCCAUAUGAAAAAACAGUAGAACAAUUUUUCACUAACUCUCUAAAGCAAAAAUACGUUUUAGAAUCCAACUUAAACUAUUUUGAUGAUGAUUUUGAAGUUAAGAGAGUUCUAAUGAUACAUAUGGCAAAUAAACUUGCACCCGCUUUGGUUGGAAAGCAGAGGAAAGAAAUUGCUACUUGGUUGCUAAAAGAAAUUUUUGACUUCAACCAGAAAUACAACGAUUUUUGGAUAGAUCUGAAUGAAGUUCCUAUAUUUACAGAGUAUCUGCAAGAAAUAUUUGCUAAAAAGAAUGUUAGCGAUGAUGAUGAUGUAACAUUCAUUGAAAAGCUGAUUUUGAACAAUUUUGGUCUUUAUGAUCGGAUGCCUGUCAAAGUUUGUGAAAAUGAACUUCUUGAAAUUGUGAAGGCCAUCUGUAACGAGAAAACUAAAAAUUGGAUUGGCAGGCUUUUCAACACCUUAUUAGAUACCAUAAAAUUUUUAAGAAUUACCAAAUUUGAAGCGAAUUUACUGGAAUCCUUUUUCAAUGAACUAAUCUUUUUGUUAGACGCCUUUGACAGGAAAAGAGCUAUUGAGUAUUUCAUUAGAAAUGAGCCUGUAGUAAUUUUAAAAUACUUUGACAAAAUUUUGCAAACUGAAGACGAUAAUUCACUGGUGGAUUAUCAUCUUUUUAAAUUGUAUAGUCAUGUAGGUUUUGAUGAAAAGUUGAUAAACCACGUUAAACCGCUUGUGGAUAUUGGAAGCACUUGUGAAAACAAAAAACAGGUUAUUGAAAAUUUGUCAAAGCUUAUGGGAACAGAGGAUUUUAUAAAUCUUAUAUCAGCAUAUAUACCAACAAAGGCUAAGCUUGAUCUUGAAGAUGAACAGCAAAAAGAAAUGUAUGAAGUUCAGUGUGCUCUGUCAAAAAAUCUUACAAAUCUAGACGACUUUGCUAAAAUAAUUCCACUACUUUAUCCAUUUUGUCAAGGUGAUUAUUUACAAUCAAGCUUAGCUAUUCUUUAUAAGACCCUGUAUAGAAUCAGUGAAACACAAGCAGCUCCUUUAAUUAAUACUCUAAUGGAGCGAGCUGUUUCAACAAGAAAACAUGCUGUUUUUUUGGGUUUUAAUAUUUUGCCUGAAAAAUCGGCAUUGGUUAUAUUUGAUACUUUAGCAGCAAAAGAGACAAAUACUUCUGCUAAAAAAUAUCUAUUCCAAGGAAUACUAAAAUAUUUCCUAAAGAAUCCUGAGGAAUCUGUGUUAUAUAAAGUCUGUAAAAGCAUGUCAUUUAUUGACAAAAACGACAAAGAAUUAUUGGAAGAUUUGGCUAAAAGUUUUGAAAAAGUUCCAAUAAAAUGGAGACCAAUUUACUUCGAAAAUACAUGGGAUUACUUGACUGAUAUAGAAAAGCGAGAAGAUCUCGAUGUCAGUAAUCAUAGAACAAAGUUAUUUUCAGCUAUCAAUAAAUAUGACAUAGAGUUCUAUUCGAGCCUUAAAGAUAGUUUUUGUCAAAAGCUUUUAAAAAAAUGCUUCUUUUCUAAUGAUUCCACUUUCAUGAAUAAAGAUGGCGUAUUUUCUUUUGUAGUCAAAUACCUUUUGGCUUAUAAAGAUGAUAAACAUUUUGAGUUUGUUUUUGACAUUAUUCAAUCAUAUAAAGAUCGUUAUUGGGAAACCUACGAUGACAACCAAAGAUACAUUAUUGAUUUUUUCCAAUAUAUUUUAACAAUUUUUGUUGAAAUGGAUAUUGCGUUUUUCAACCUUUUUGAAACCUACUGGGAACGAACUUUCAAACACGAGGAAAGCUUUUCUGAAUAUAUUUUACUAAAAUUCAUGAUUUUAUACAAGAAAAAUCCUAAUAUUGAUGAAUUUGCAAAACAGGUCAGUAAAAGUCUUGGUGAAUUAAUUACUGAAUAUGGACCAUUUGUUAACAAUUUAUUACUCGAAACUGUUAGACAGUUUUAUGAAUAUGGCUUAAAUAUUGAUGGAUUCUCCAAUCAAUUUGCAUUUUAUUUGUUGAAAGCUGACAAAAGCGAUAUUAAUUGUUAUAUUGCCGCUAGCAUCAUUGAUGAUGACAAAAAAUUUGAAGUUGUUGAUAAUCUGAAAACUGUAGAUAGAGCUUUUGUUAGGAUUCUAUGUCAUAAUUUAAUUCAUAGGUGUAAGUAACCUGCUUUUAAAAUUAUACUUGAUGUAUUUGAUACAUUUUGGCUCUUAUGUUAUAUGCAAUUUUUUUACCUAUAUAAUGUUAUAUAAAGUAAUAUGUACUUAUGAAAUAUAUUAGAUACAUUUCCUAUGUUAUGCUAUUUUUAACAACAAAUAUAUUGCUUUUGAAUUAA